AUGGAGGUGCUCUUAGCGGGCAUCCCAGGGACGUGCGUCUUUCUGGAUGACGUCGUAGUCUCGGUUAAGACGCUGCAGGAGCAUAAUGUCGCACUGCGAGCGGUGUUGGCGCGUAUCCGUGAGGCUGGACUGCGGCUGAACAAGGACAAGAGUUCCGCGGAGCUGCGGGACGCGGUGCUGGCCGACGUUCGCGACAUGCUGAACGAGGAGCUGCGGCAGCUGCGCCGAGAGCUGCAGGAGCUGAGCGAGGUGCGUCCCCUCAUGGACCGCCUGUGCAACGAGCUGAAGGGUCUGAAGGAAGCCGUCAUAACUCUGACGGAACAGCAGUCGCCGCCGGCGGCCGGCCCGCACACCCGGCCCCAGAGUUCCGCGGAGCUGCGGGACGCGGUGCUGGCCGACGUUCGCGACAUGCUGAACGAGGAGCUGCGGCAGCUGCGCCGAGAGCUGCAGGAGCUGAGCCUGGAGGUGGACCAGAUGAGGAACCAGAAGCAGCUGGAGGUGCAGGCGUCACUACAGCUGCAGCAGCUCCCCAUACCGCAAGAGCUGUUUUCCUGCGGUGGCAAGGCCCCCGCCACGACGGCUUCCACCAUCUUCGGGUCGGGGUUUAGUAAGACGACGCCCUCUACCGGGACGGUCUCCAGCACGAACGGCGGUAUCAAGCUCGACCAGGCACCAUCGGCCUGGACUGGCGUUAACACGACCGGCGCCUCUGCUGCCGCCUCCACUGGCUUCAGCUUUGGACCGACCACAGCGCCACCUGCUCAGCCGAGCACGCCGAGCUUCUCGUUCCGUCCGCCGACCGCCGAGGGCGCCACCAGCACACCGGCCAAGGCAAGGGGCGAGAACACCACGGGGGAGGGGCCUGUCAGCUCGACCUCUGGCUCUGGCGCCGCGGUCUCCAGUACCACCACCUCCAGCGUCGUGACCUCUGCCCCCGCCGCCGGCGCCGGAGCGGCCACCCCCAACAGCUCCUUCCAUUUCAAGGCGGCCCCGUUUGCGUUCGGCGUCGACCAGGGUAAGGUCGUCGAGGCGACUCCCAAGGCCACGUUCGAGUUCGGCUUGUCGUCCGCAGCCUCGUCGCCGUUCAAAUUCUCAUUCGGCAGCGACGCCGACAAGUCUGGAUCCUCGAUCUUCGGAGGAGCGGCGGCAGCGGACACAAAGACCACGUCAAUAUUUGGAGGUUCAUCGGGUAACAAGACAACUUCGAUCUCCGGAGGAGCGUCGUCAACUGAAACCAAACCUGCGUCUAUUUUCGGAGGAACGACCUCUUCCGAAACCAAAACCACGUCCAUCUUUGGUACCCCAUCGGUGUUCGGAGAAAAGGGAACUGACAAAGCCGUAUCUCUCUUCGGUGGGGCGACCACCGGCGACAAGACAUCCAAAGAAGACCAGAUAUUCGGCGGCUCCGGGAUUGACUCCAAGCCCGCCUCUCUGUUCGGCGGCUUUGGUGUGGCCUCUGGUGCCCAGUCGUCUCCGUUCGGCUCCGGCUCCUCAGUGUUCGGUGGAUGGCCGUCGUUCGGUAGCGCCGCGUCUAAGCCGGCCUCCAGCGAGAGCGGCGCCGCGGCCAAGCCACCUACUCCGGCCAACUCGUCCGCCCCCAAGGCGCCUGAGCCGGCCAGCUCCGGCUCGGCCCCUCAAUCUACAGAAACCAGCAUCAACGACACAGCACAGAGAGGGCUCCAGUGGCCGGCGGCCAGUGACGUCUCGAUGCCGACAUCGAGCCAAUCACCUGCGGCCAGUGUAGUCACGGUCCAGAAGGAGGAACUCUCGACUGUGAAGCAGUUCACAUUUCCACCUGGUCUAGUAGAGCAACAGGUGAUCGCGAUUUUGGAGUCCCUCCAAGUCCAAACCUUGAAGGAGCUCACGGUCUCCACUCCUCCUGACUCGACGGGACGGUGGCUGCGGCUGCUGCCGCCGUCCUUGAGGCGCCUGGACGUUUACGGACCGGGGAAGACGGGGAAGCCGGCGAAACUGGGAAAUGGAAGACAGCCUGACCAUGGGCUGGUGGUCGUCAUAAUGCAGGCGGGAGAUGACGUCGUCAACCAGCUGGCCAAGGAGCUGGGACCACGGGUUACCGCGCUGACCAUGUUCAACUGCCCGCGUGUCACUGCCGGGGCCCUGCAGAGGCUGCUGUCCGCCCUCACCGGCCUGAAAGACGUCACACUUAGCGGCACUCUGUCCGGCGCCAUCACUGACGCCUCACUGGCCGCCCUCCACGGGUGCUCCCAGCUGCGUAAAAUGCAGCUGGGAGAGCCCAUGGAACUCUGUACGGAUAUACCGGUCACAGCGGUCAGCAGACUGGUGGUUACCUGCCGGAAACUGGAACUGCUGAUUUUCCGAGCAACGGAGGGGCUCAGUCAGUCGGUCAUGGACGCCCUGGUCCGGGCAGACCUAGGGAAAAGAGAUGACGGCACGCCGAGAACACUGAGGUUCAAGGUCUCAG